UAAGAACAACUGGGACAUAGCGGAGAGAGGAAAGGAGAGGAGGGGGUAGAAGAAAGAGGAAUUAAAAAAGAAAAGGAAGAAAGAGACAGGGAAGGGAGGGAGGAGAGAGAGAGCGCGCGAUAAAAAAAGAAAGAUGACAUCCUGUGAAUUGAAGCGCCGAGGUGGAGCGGCGGGCUGCGGCCGGGCUCGAGUGUUAUUCGUCCGGGUCACGGCUUGAAUCCGACAGCGAGGCUUCGACAAACACCCGAUUGGCCUGUCGGGGGGAUCGAAGGAAAAAAACACUGAUUUAUCCACUGCAGCCUUUAAGUUUGUCUAUUUGAAAUGCGUCAAGCGCAUUAUAUUUAACCGCUGUUUUAACGUCUAAACGCCUCAAAUAUUGUUUAUAGUGCAUGAUGCGAGAGUGUGGAAAUAAGAUUGCAGCUUUCGAUUUUUCAGUCAUGCAAAUGAUUAAAUAGCACGUUGUUGUGAUGUCUCGGGUUAAAGUUGAUUGGGAGAAACACUAAACAGUGUGCAUUAUUGCCUGCUAAUCUAGGCCGUGAGUUAAAUAAGUGAUCGGCGGAGUGGUAGAUAAACACAUCCAGACAGCAGAUAGACUGGUGUCAGUGAUGCGCUAUUAAUCUUCAUGAUUGUGUAGUUGAUUAUAAUAUUCAUCGCUCUGGAACAAAAUGGAUGCCGCGUGGAGCAAUUUUCUCUUCCAGACCACACCUUCUCAUACCCAAGUGGAGGGGACCCUCCAAUCAGAACUUCUGCCUGUCCACACGACCUCUCCACAAGCCCCGCCCACAGACCACAUGGCCCCGCCUCCGUCGACAGUGGACACUGCAGCUCUGAAUGAGGACCCUGUACCUGUGAAGCCAGUGUCCCGACCAGCUCGCGCGGCUCACAUCUGCUCCAUCUGCAGCAAGCAGUUCAAGAACAGCUACAACCUGCGGCGCCAUCAGUCCGUCCACACCGGCAUCCGCAUGAAGACGGGCGCCCAGAACCAAGAGGCCCAGGCCAAGGAGAGCUCGGAAAAACACACGGUGCUCCUCUCCCUCCUGCACCUGCAGCAGCAGAGCCAAACGCUGCCCCCGCCCACCGUCAUGCCCGCUCAACACACACAAAUCCUGGCUCCUCCGGACGGAAACGACGUGGCCAUGGAGAGCGUGGCGUCCACCGUGACCGCUCUCCCUCCUCCGCCACCGGUCGUCAUGGCAACAGGGGAGCCUGUGCAGAGACCGGUAAACCAGAACCCCAACCCUGUGCGCAAGAACCACGCAUGCGAGACCUGCGGUAAAGCCUUUAGGGAUGUUUACCACCUGAACAGACACCGGCUCUCCCACUCGGACGAGAAGCCGUUCUCCUGCCCGAUCUGCCAGCAACGCUUUAAGAGGAAGGACCGCAUGAGCCAUCAUGUCAGAUCCCACCAGGGAGGCGUGGAGAAACCCUACGUGUGCCCGCACUGUGCGAAAGCUUUCUCACGGCCUGAUCAUCUCAAUAGUCACGUCAGACAGGUCCAUUCAUCAGAACGACCCUUCAAAUGUCCGACGUGUGAAUCCAGCUUCGCCACGCGGGACCGACUGCGCGCUCACAUGAUCAGACACGAAGAGAAGGUUCCCUGUCACAUCUGUGGCAAACUCCUGUCAGCUGCUUACAUCACAGAUCACAUGAGAGUACACAACCAAUCACAGCAUCACUCCUGCCACCUCUGCAACCGCAGUUUCACCACGCUGACGUACCUGCGGGUUCACGCUCAGAAGCACCACGGCCAAGAGUGGAAGGAGAGCGGCGGAGGCUUCGGCAGCACUGGCUCUGGUGGCAUCCUGGUCUGCCAGCUCUGCGGCGUGCACUGCAAGACCCCGACGCAGCUGCAAGGCCACAUGGGUACCCACAAUCCCCCAGCCAGCGACGCCGGCCCCAUCAUCACCACCACCACCACCACCAGUGAAGCCGUGCCCGGCAGCACCGUCACCCUCUGCAACAUGGUCUCGGCGCCCACAGUGUUCGUGAGCGGAAACACGGUGGUGGAUCUGCUGGUGACCGACUGCUCCAGCAUCAUCCCGCAGCCUCAGAGCUAGCAGAGCAGGCCUGUAGUGCACACACUUUUACACUAGCAUCCACCUUAUUUUUGCAGUAAGUAGGCCUGUCAUGAUAUCUUUUGUUUUGUCGUACGAUAUAUCGCACCAAAAUAUAUUGCGAUUAACGAUAUUAUUGUCAUUUUAAGACUAUUUUAUGCCACUCAUUGUAUGCCAAAAUGACAAUAUAAUAUCACAAUGCAAGUACACUCUUCCAAUGAACACUUCAUAUUUUAUUCUUAAGAAUAUUUCAUUUAAUUAUAGUCAUUUUAACAAUUUAUUAAUGAGGCAUUGGAAUCAGAACGUGAAAACGUACAUCCUAAACAAGUUAUUAAUAAUAAAUGUUAACAAAAAAAAGUGCAAGGUAAAGAGUAACAGACGCUGCGACAUCUGCUACCAGAUCUAUUUUCAGUCAUGAGACACCCACAUAAAAAUAUACUAUAGUAAUUUAUAGUAAAUACCAUAGUGUUUUUUUAACCUUACUGAAACCGACACCUCCAAUACAGAUAGAGAUGCUGCACAAUCAUCUAAAAUGUUGCUAGAAUUGGUUUUUAUGUAUGGACGAUAUAUGUUGCAUCAUCAGAAACGAUUGGUCACAUCCAUGUGUUGUGCGAUAAGUCAAUAUAUUGGUUAUUGUGACAGGCCUAGCAGUAAUGGCGAUGAUGUGCUGUAUUAUGAUGUGUUAGGUAGGGCGAAUUAAUUAAUGUGUUGGGUAAUUUCCAUUUUUGCCUCCAACAAUUCUGAACAUUAAUCGAGAUAAAACGGUUAUUUUGCGUCAUAUCCCGCCCCCUUUCCAGCAGUUCCACUUCGUUUCUCUGAAAGCUCAUUGAAAUCAUGUGAACGUGACUUUUGCAGUAUGAGACGUGCUUCAUUUAUUGAUGCGUGUUCGAUUCAUGUUUUUAAAAGCGUGAAGGUAGAAUGCUUUGAACAUAUGACCCGCUGAUAAUCGCUUUAAAUAAUCGUGAUUACAAUUAGGACCAAAGCAAACGCGAUUAUGAUUUUUCCCAUAAUCGAGCAGCCCUAAUGUUUGGUUUAAGUUUUGGUGGUCGGUAGGGAAGGGGCGAUGCGGUGUUGAAGUAAUAGUUACAGUUGAAUUAUUAGCCCCGCUGUUGAUUUUUAUUUAUUUAUUUUUUCCUCCAAUUUCCGUUUCAACACAUUUCUAAACAUUAGUUUUAAUAACUAAUUUCUAAUCUGAAUUAUUUAGUCUUUGUCAUGAUGACAGCACACAAUAUUUUACUAAAUAUUUUCCAAGACACUAGUAUUUAGCUUAAAGUGGCAUUUAAAGGCUUAACUAGGUUAAUUAGGCAGGUUAGGGUAAUUAGGCAAGUCAUUGUAAAACAGUGGUUUGUUCUGUAGAUGGUUGAAAAAAGGGGGCUAAUAAUAUUGAGCUUAAAAUAGUUAAACAAAAAUAAAUUAAAACUGCUUUAAUUCUAGCCAAAAUAAGACAAAUAAGACUUUCUCUAUAAUAUUAAAGGAAAUAGUGUGAAAAAUUCCUUGCUCUGUUAUACAUUAUUUGGGAAAUAUUUGAAAAAGACCAAAAAAUUCACAGGAGGACGAAUAAUUCUGACUUGUAAUUGAAACCGUAGCUUCCUGUACGGCUGCACAACAUAUCGAAAAAUUAUCAUCGUCAUCAUCGUGAUAAUCGUUAAUGCAUAACCUUAUCUGAGAAUAUGCUGGGAGACAAGAGAGGAAAAUGACAGCCAAUAAAAUUCAGAAUUUCUGCUGAGGCUUUCAGUCAAUCGUCGCUUUAGUCUUUUAAUAAACCUCAAAAAAUUAUUGAUUGAUGCAAAAUAAACAGGGAUGGAUCUUUUUCUAAGUUGCUGAUAAAAUUGCGUUGUUUAAAGUUAGUUGAAUCAUAAGAAAUAUCGUUAUCGCAACACUUGACAACUUAGCAUAUUUUCCCAGUCUUGUGCAACCCUAGAAUGAAAAUUUAAUUCUAAUUCACUCACCAUUUGUCAUAUAAGAUGGUAAUUUUUUUUCUCUAGUUGAAUAGAAGAAAUGAAGGUAUUUAAGGGGAAACAUUUUGAUUUUAGUUUACAAGCAAACAAUUUUUUCCUUGAUGACAUGCACAGAUGAACUAGCACUGCAAGCUAACAAAACCGUUGUUCACCUUAAAGUAGACAUGAAAACUAACCAAUCCAUGCAAGUUAAUCAACAGAAAAAACUGUUUGUUUUGGUAAUCUUUAAUCAAAAUUUGACUCCUUUCGCUCUGGAACGAUGAUCAUUCUCUGAUGUCAGUUUGACGGAUUGGUUGAAAUCUGCUUAGCCACGCCCCUCCAACCACUAUCUUGCUGCAAGCGAAAGAAGAGAGGAGGAGCCCAAAAAUAAAACCCCACCCCCUACUCAAUAUUCCAUUUCAGUUAGAAAUAAGCCUGAAUCAACUUUCAGUUCAUAUAGACUUUAAAAGUAAGCUAGCCACUAAAUACAACGCAAUCACAAUACAAAGGCUGCGUCCAAAAUCACCUACUACUUAGUAGCUACUGCAUUUGAAAUGUACGACUCGGCCGUUAGAAAAGUACGUUCCAUACUGUAUGAAUGUCAGUACUAUGAAUUGAACUCGGACAAACUAUAGCCGCCAUUUUGUCAUCAUCAUGUGACCUACCUGCAUCAGUUGCGUUGCUUUACUCCCAUUCGUGAGUUCUCUCGCGGUGCAUCAUGGAAUAGUGUAGUGUCCAUUGGAUGCACAUCUUGCCAGAAGUAGUGGGUCAUCCGGGUGGUACUUGCGUACUGUUUUUACAAUACUAUGAAUUUGGACAUAUUAUUAAGCGUACUAUAUAGUAUGGAAGUAUGCGAUUUUGGACACAGCCGAAGUGAUUUAAAGGAACUCCAACACAUUAUAGUUGGUAAAAAUAAGGUGGAUGCUACAACACUCACAGUAGCUACUACACACACACAUACACACACACACAUGUAUGACUCAAAACAGCCAUUUACACUCUAAAGAACCACAAGAAGCCAAGGAGAAACUGUGAAACGAGGCAUUCUGGGUGGAAGUUGCUCACACACAUACAAUGACAACUACUGUAGCAUGAUACACCUCUGGAUGAUGCACAUAUUAAGACAUGGUCGCUUUACACUUUCCCUUUCAAAACAAAAGUCAAAGUAUGUUUUCUUGUCUCGCCGCGAGGACAGGAGGACUGUUCUGUCUUCCGAUGCCAUCUUGGCUAAACAAGAAGGAUCAGGGCAUAAAUGUGGGAAGAUGGCAGUUCACCUAAAACUGAAUUAUUCACUCACUUUUAUUCUGUCACAAAAUAGCAUAUAUAUAUCGUUUUUUUGGCUUUGGAGCUCAUUGGUUUUCGUUGCAUGGAAGAGAGCAGCUCAGACAUUCUGCUGAAUAUCUUCUUUAGUGUUCUUCGGAGCAAAGAAAGUCAUAUGGGUGAGUAAAUGAUGUGAAGUAUCUCUGUUAGGCAAAAAAAAAAGGUUUGUCUUCUUAUUUCUUCAUCUUUUGUGUUUUCAUCGCUGCAGGACUCUGAUGAUACUGUGAUUGUGUGUUGCUACUGUAUUUCUUCUGCCUGUAAUCUGAUUUCCCGUUUGUUUGCUAGCAUCCAAUGCUAUGAUCUGGCCUCAAGAUCCAUUCAUAAAGACUGAUUUAUACUUAUGCGUCGAGUGAUCAGCGUGAGCCACGUCGCCUGCCUUGCGUGGAGUUGUGCAUCUAUACUUCUGCGUGCUGUUUGUGUUGCUCUGCAAUAACACUUCCGAAACACUAGCUGGCAGUAGGUUUCUUAUGUUCCUCUGUAUUGAGUUUCUUCACUGGUGUUUUGUUUUUUUCUGAACGCUACAUUAAUGUACAAGUUGCUCAAACUCGCUCAUUCAGAUGCGGGAACCGGCGGACGUUCCAUCUAGAGCUACUUCACAGGACUCCACACUUGUAAACACUCGCUCCAAAUGGUUCGUGCAGCUCUCGGGCUCACCCACACUGGUCACAGCUACCAAGCCGACCAAUCACAGAGCUUGCGCUAUGCGUCGUUGCGUUUUUUUUUGUUUUUUUUUUAGAUGUGCGCAUCAACGUCAGUCACAGUGGGGGCUAUGCAACUGCGCUAAGACUGCCGGAGCAUGCGCUUGACGCACAAGUAUAAAUCAGCCUUCAAUCAUAAUCGUUUCGGUGAUUCAGAUGAAAGACUAAAAGCAGGAAAAAAAUGAAAGAUAUAAGAGACUUGAACAAAUAGAUGAUUUAUUUACAGUUGAAGUCAGAUUUAUUAACCCCCCUUUGAAUUCUUUUCCUUUAAAUAUUUCCCAAAUAAUGUUUAACAGAGCAAGGAAAUUUUCACAGUAUGUCUGAUAAUAUUUUUUCUUCUGGAGAAAAUCUUAUUUGUUUUAUUUUGGCUAGAAUAAAAGCAGUUUUUAUUUUUUAAAACCCAUUUUAAGGUCAAUAUUAUUAGCCCCUUUAAGAUAAUUUUUUUUUUCAAUAGUCUACAGAACAAACCAUUGUUAUACAAUAACUUGCCUAAUUACCUUAACCUGCCUAGUUAACCUAGUUAAGCCUUUAAAUGUCACUUUAAGCUGUAUAGAAGUGUCUUGAUAAAUAUCUAGUCAAAAAUUAUUUACUGUCAUCAAGGCAACGAUAAAAUAAAUCAGUUAUUAGAGAUGAGUUAUUAACUAUUAUGUUCAGAAAAACAGAAAUUGGGGAAAAAAAUAAACAGGGCUAAGGAUUCAGGGGGGCUAAUAAUUCUGAAUUCAACUGUACGUAACCUUCAGCUAAACAGACAUGCGCAUACAUGUAUGCGUGAGAAAU